ACCUGGGGUGGAUGGUGAGGUGGUAAAAACCUUUAGCGUGGAAUAUGUGUAACUCCAUGCAUGCUGCUGCAGGUGGAAACUACUCAGCUAAACCUUCCAGUUCACUGAGAGCCGACUGCUGGUGAGGUUAGUUCAUGUUUCCUGUUUGGGUGCGGUCAGACAGCCCAGUUUGUGCCUGAGCUGAUGCUUUCUCACACUGUCUGUGCGGCUCCAGAGCCUCAUGACCCAGUUUCACACCAUCAACAGGUACUCAUUCCUUCAGACAGAUCCUCAUUUCUGCCAGAAAUCUGUGUCUGUGUUCUCUAUGUUCGUAGAAGCAACUGGUGUUUGAUUUGUGUGAAGGAGCAUUGUAAUGAAAUUAGCCAUAAGAGACAGCGGAACUUGCUCUAUGCAGUAUUGAUACAAAAAUGUCACCCAUUCUCCAAAGUCUGUAUCUUUGUUGUCCUCGCCCCAUGAGAGCUGUCCACACCACCUUCUAUCUUGCUGGAUGAUGCAGGCUUUUUACAACUGCACGAGUGUUUAUACAAAUGCUGCGUGGUGCUAAUCCUCACAGCUCAGAUUGCUUACAGGUGACUCAUGAAACUCCCAAUCUUCGUCACACAAUGGACAUGACAUGCACUGGUCCAAAACACUGGAAUAAAACUCAAAAGACAGGAAUUCAAUGCACCGGAUCAGAAGAAUAUUAGAUGGCACUGCCAUUGAUGCAGCAACCCUGAAAUGGCAGACCUUUAAUGAAAAUUUUGGGAGCUUGCCAGCCUCAGUAAGGUGAGAACUCUCCCUUUCUUUUGUAUGCUGUCUUUGUCCUGCACCUGUUGCUGGGGUUGGAUGUGCAAACGAUCCACAUCUUUUGCGUCAAGUUGUGAGAUGAUUUAACAUCAAGAAAUGUGAGUAUGUUCACGAAUGAUUCUGCUGUUAUGAGUCGGCUAAUGUGGAUAUUAAGGUGGUUAAAUUAGAUUGUGUCCACGGGACCCAAAUUUCACUUUUUGGGAGCCGAGAUAAAAGUUUGAGACCCUUUGCAAUACGCCAUAACUGCAUUAAAGGCUCAAUUCAAUUACACAGUCAAAGCAGUGUUAUUGUGCAGUGAAUUGGUGUUUUUUCUUUUUUUUAAUAGAUUUUUAUUCAUAAGUACCAAAAAUUUCAUCUUACUGUUCAUUAUAUUUGUAUGCUAUGGGGAACAGUGAAUGAGUGAACUAGGUAGUGGCCUGUUUUCGGACAUAGCCUCAGACCCCAGCUUUUAUUUUGAAAUAACUCGAUUUCAUCCCCCAAAACUGAUUUCAGGCUAGAACUACCGAGGGUCAUAUGACGUGCUCUGAACCGACACAUCAAACUCAGAGACGAGCGAUGGUUCCCUGUAUUAUGGCUUGAAUGUUAACCCACUAUGAUAAAGUGGAGUGAGCUUUUAAAUGCCCGACUCUCAUUGGCACAGCAGCAGUGACGUUUCCUAUCAUCGGUCACGCGCCCUUCCAGUAACGAGCACGCCCUCCACAUCUGGAGGAAGAGCUGGCGACAGGCACUGCAGUGGCAGACAGACAUGUCCAAUACAAUAAAACUCCACCUACAGGCGUGUCUUGGCUUUGACUGCUCCCAUCUAACCUGAAGUCCUGCGUAUUCGCUCUCCUGACGCUUCCUGCACGGAGUAACUUCAGAAAGUAAUUGCAAUUUCCACAUUCCAACCUGUUGAACAAACACGAUGGUGAACUGCUGCGGUCUGCUCAAUGCCAAGAAGGAACCAGUUCCUCUGAAGAGUGUGGAGGUGGAGCUGGAGGUGAGGGACCAUGUGGCUACUGUGGUCUCCACUCUGAACUAUGAGAACAAGGAGGACAAACCGAUAGAGGCUGUUUUUGUCUUCCCUCUGCCUGGAGAUGCUGCUGUGUGUCAUUUCAGUGCCACGAUUGGACAGAAACAGAUUGUAGCUGAGGUGAAGGAGAAGCAGGAGGCUCGUGAGGAGUACGAUGACGCUUUGAGCUCCGGUCAGCAGGCCUUCCUAUUGGAGGAGAGCGAGGAGAGUCCAGACAUCUUCUCUCUGAGUGUGGGCAGUCUGCCUCCAGGAGAGAGCGCCUCCAUCAGGCUGGAGUACAUCACAGAGCUGGCUGUGCAGGCUGAUGACGGGCUGAGGUUCUGUCUGCCCGCUGUGCUCAACCCUCGCUACCAACCUCAGGGUAGUGAAGGUGCCGGUGUCCAGGUGACCUCUGUUCCAGCCUCUCAGGUGCCCUACGGUCUGUCUUUCUCUGCCCGAGUGUCCUCUCCUCGUCCAGUCUCUAAAGUAGAGUCCAAGUGUUCCCUGGACCCUCUGCAGUACCUCAACACAGAGCAAACCCAGGCCACGGUGAAGUUGGCUGCAGGACACAAGUUUGACAGAGACGUUGAACUGCUGAUUUAUUACAAAGACGCCCACCAGCCCACUGCUGUGGUGGAGGCAGGACAGGCCUCUGCUGAGCCCGGCUCUCUGAUGGGUGAUCCAGUAGUGAUGCUGAGUCUGUACCCUGAGUUCCCCGAGGCUGUGAUGUCUUCAGUCUCCUCACAUGGAGAGUUUGUGCUCUUAUUGGAUCGAUCUGGAAGUAUGGAUUCACCCAUUAACAACAGCAAGAGUCAUCCGACUCGCAUUGGCAGUGCCAGGGACACUCUGCUGCUCCUGCUGAAGAGCUUACCAAUGGGCUGCUAUUUCAACAUCUUCAGUUUUGGGUCCAGCUACGAGCACAUCUUCCCUAAGAGUGUGGAGUACAGCCAGAAGACCAUGGAAGAGGCUCUGAAGAAAGUUGAGCAGAUGGGUGCUAAUCUGGGAGGAACAGAGAUCCUGAAGCCCCUCAAACAUAUUUACAGCCAGCCCUGCAUCCCCAGUCAACCUAGACAGCUAUUUGUCUUUACUGAUGGCGAGGUGGGGAACACCAAAGAAGUUAUCAAUGUGGUGAAGAAGAAUUCAGGUUCCCACAGGUGUUUCUCUUUUGGGAUUGGGGAGGGGGCCAGCACGGCUCUUGUCAAUGGCUUGGCCAAAGAAGGAGGAGGUCACGCUCAGUUCAUCACAGGAGCAGACAGGAUGCAACCCAAAGUGAUGCAGUCGCUGCGAUUUGCUCUGCAACCAGCCGUGGAGGACAUCUCAGUCACAUGGGAUUUGCCAAAGGGAGUCUCUGCCACUGUCCUCUCUCCACCAAUCACAGCACUUUUCCACGGUCAGAGGUCACUGGUUUAUGCCCAGCUCACUGGACAGAGCUCAGAGGCAGCAGAGGGCUGUGUGACAGUGAAGUACAGCCUGGCAGGUCAUGCCUCUGAGAGCGAGCUCCACUUCAGUCUCAAACCUGCAGAGGACACUGGAUUAACAGUCCACAGGUUGGCCUCUCGGACUCUGAUUCGCUCCCUGGAGAUGGAGAUGAGAGAGCGCACAGGACAGCAUGUUGACAGAGUGAAGAAGAAGGCGGUGGAGCUCAGUGUCCAAUCAGGUGUGAGCAGUGCCUUCACUGCCUUCAUCGCUGUCAACAAAGGGGAUGGCGAGGCGAUUCAAGGACCUCUGGUGCGCAGAAAUGUUCCAAUACCCAUUAUUCAGUUACGGGGCCAUCCAAGACUCCGGUGCUCUAUGCCCGUCAAUUGCAAUCUGGCCAUGAACAUUUCACCCCAAAUGCAUCCACCCCCAGUCAUGGCUUGUAAGAAGGGCAAAGCUGGUCCGAAGAUGAAGUUUAAGGCUCAACUGAUGAAAUCACAGGAAAGGCAGAUGCAGCCCCCACAGUCACUGAGCGGGGCCAUGAUGAGUCCAGCAUAUUCUGACUAUAGAGGCGUUGUUGACAUGUGCUUGCCCGAGCAGACACUCAGAGACCCUUUGCUGCAGCUGGUCUCCCUCCAGAAGGCAUCUGGCUGCUGGGUGCUAGAUCCAGCUCUGGCUGCUGCACUGGGAAAGACCAGCGAGGAAGUGGAGAACACAAAACCUGCAUCGGUGAACCAUGAAGUGUGGGCCACAAUUCUGGCUCUGAUCUGGCUUCAUGGUUUCAAGAGGGAUGCUCAGGAAGAGUGGGAGCUUCUGGCUAUGAAGGCUGUGUCAUGGCUCCGUGCUCAGAACGCAGCAUGUAUGACAGAGUGUGUGGAAGCUGGAAAUGCUGUGUUGGGUUGCAGCGAGCAGAAAGACGCCCUGGGACUCUGAGAUUUCCAUGAAACUGGCUUCCUUUUUUAGGGUUGAGCACAGAAGCAGAUUUACUCCAUCCUACAACCUUUACUUAAUCAGCACUGGAUCAUACUGUCGACGUGGAAACAAUUAAAUCCUCUUCUUCUGUG